ACACCCCUAAAGCCCCCUCCCAAUACCAAGGUCAACCCUGUAUGGGUUGAAACAUAUACGGCCAGACUGUCUGUACUUCAGAGGCGUUAGAUUUCUGUAAAUCAAGUCCUUGGAGGCGCCAAAGACAUCUCAAGACAUAAGAUUGUCGCGAUGUCGCUUGUCCGUAGCGUCUUACGGGGCCAGGCAGGAAGACUGGCGGUGUGUGGGUGCAGAGGCUCCGUGGGAGUCGCGGGGAUCGCUCCUCGAGCUCAGCCAUCUUUUCGCCACAAACCACUGGACGGGCGGAGAAACUACGCAACAGACUUCAGACUCACCGAUUUUCAGAAGCAGAAGUUGAUGAACUGUUUCGAAUUCUACGAUGUGAACAAAGAUGGAAUCAUCCGCUUCGAAGACGACUUUCAAGCUGCCCUAAAUCGUUAUAUCGACCUGAACGGAUGGACGGAGGAGAGCCCGGCCUACAUGGGGUACCGGGUACGCUGGACGGCCUUCUGGCAGGACCUGUACUUCGGCAAACUGUCCCGCCUCGACCCCAAACUUAGGAAGGACAACAACGAGAUCACGCGAGAGGUCAGAUCUGUUCUUGAGGAGUGCGAGAGUUCCUAG